UCUGGCGGAUUAAAGUACAAGAAGCGGUCGCUGUGCGUUUCGCUCUUGAAAUUAAUUAAAUAAAUCCCUGCCCUAGCAGGCGUGCGACUGUGUGCGUUCGCGAAUAAAGUAAAUAAAAGUUGCCGAGCCAGCAUUAAUGCGAAACGAGCUCCAAUUGAGCCAAAUAAUUGAAGUGCAUUUCGGGUUAAAGAAUUGCGUUGUUGUGCGUCGCUGACAUUGUCGAUGUUGUUGUUCUUGUCAGCGUUGGGUUGGGUUACACGUUAAAUAAUUUAAUUGUGUCUCUACGUAAAACGAGUAUUAUUUACAGACGUUCGCACAGUAUUUGCAAAAUAAUCACAACCUGCGGGAUUGGUGUGCCAAAAUCGAGUGAGUCGCGAAACGAGAGAAAAACGAGUUUUUGAUAUGUGUUGAGAAAGCCAAACAAACAAACAAUACAAAAAUAUAUUGCUACAUAUAGCUUAUAUCUGCGCGGUGCUGUAAGCAUUUAAAAAUAUAAAUUGCCACGAAAAUAUAUGGCCACAAAGAUUUGGAAACGUGUAAAUUGAGUGGAAUGCAGGAAUUGAGCCACUUUUGAGUGCAUUCUUCGGCUUUUUGUUUUGAGUGAGAACCGUAACCAGUUUGCUGGUGAGUUUUGGCCUUAAAUGCUGGUAGUGCUUUUUAACUCUGAAUUAAUCGCAGCUUGAGUCAUCCCGGACUAAAGGCUGAUGACUGUGACUUGUGACAGUCCAAUGUGAGCCGGCCAGAGCAGCUGCAUCAGUUAGAGAGUGCACACACACUGCUAUCACUGCCAUCAUGUUUCGGCUGAUCCUCCUUGCCUGCCUGGCCCAGCUGGCCCUGGCUCAGGCGGAUCUCAAGGAUCUGGAUGGACCCAAUAUCUGUAAAAGGCGGGAAACGUAUCCCGUGGAAGUAGUCUAUACGGAACUGCAAUCAUACCAGGAGCGUGGCUCCACUUGGUGCAUGACCAUUCCACCCCGCUGCUCCACAUAUCGCAUCAAACACCGAGUGGUGAACAAGACGCAGACAAUAAUGAAGAACCGAGUGGUACGCGAUUGUUGUGAUGGCUACAUUGCCAGUGCUGGAGAAUGCGUUCCUCAUUGCUCGGAGCCAUGUCAGCAUGGUAGAUGCUAUGCCCCGGAGAAGUGCAAGUGUGACCAUGGCUACGGAGGACCCGCCUGUGAUAUAAAUUGCCCACCGGGCUGGUACGGCCGGAACUGCUCGAUGCAGUGCGACUGCCUGAACAACGCGGUCUGUGAGCCCUUCACCGGCGAGUGCGAGUGCGCCAAGGGUUAUGCCGGCGUCCGCUGUGCCGAGCUCUGUCCAGAGGGUUUCUUUGGUGCCAACUGUUCGGAGAAGUGCCGCUGCGAGAAUGGCGGCAAGUGUCACCAUGUCUCCGGCGAGUGCCAGUGUGCGCCCGGCUUUACGGGUCCCCUAUGCGACAUGCGCUGUCCGGACGGCAAGCACGGCGCCCAGUGCCAGCAGGACUGCCCCUGCCAGAACGACGGAAAAUGCCAGCCCGAGAGCGGCGCCUGUAUGUGCAAUCCCGGCUGGACGGGAGAGGUGUGCGCCAACAAGUGUCCCGUGGGCAGUUAUGGACCUGGAUGCGAGGAGUCCUGUGAAUGCUACAAGGGAGCGCCCUGUCACCACAUUACCGGCAAGUGCGAGUGUCCUCCUGGUUACCUCGGGGAGCGCUGCUUUGACGAGUGCCCUCUAAACACGUACGGAUUCAACUGCAGUCAGACAUGCAACUGCCAGAAUGAUGCCACCUGUGAUCGAGCCAAUGGAACCUGCAUCUGCAGCCCGGGAUGGCGGGGCACAAAGUGCGAGGAGCGUAUCUGCGAGAAGGACAAAUACGGAAUGGACUGCAACAGCACCUGCGAGUGUGAUAUGGAACACACGGAACUGUGCCACCCGGAGACGGGGAAGUGCCACUGCAGCAUCGGCUGGAGCAGUGCCCAAUGCACCAGACCCUGUACCUUCCUGCGCUACGGCCUCAACUGCGAGCAGACCUGUAAUUGUAAGAAUGGAGCCAAGUGCUCGCCAAUCACUGGAAAAUGCCUCUGUGCACCGGGCUGGACGGGAGCCACCUGCGAGGAGUACUGCCCCGUGGGCACCUUUGGCCAGGACUGCGCCUUGCGCUGCGACUGCCAGAACGGAGCCAAGUGCGAGCCGGAGACAGGUCAGUGUCUGUGCACGGCCGGCUGGAAGAACAUCAAGUGUGAUCGUCCCUGCGAUCUCAAUCACUUUGGCCAGGACUGCCGAAGCGUUUGUGAUUGCCAGAAUAAUGCCGCCUGCAAUGCGCAGAACGGAACCUGCACCUGUGCCGCCGGCUGGAUGGGCGAGCGGUGUGACCGGAAGUGCGAGAAGGGAAAAUUCGGACACGGAUGCAGCCAGAAGUGUCAGUGCGAUUUCAACAAUAGUCUGGCCUGCGACGCCACCAACGGACGCUGUGUGUGCAAGCAGGACUGGGGAGGCGUUCAUUGCGAGACCAACUGUCCAAGCGGUUACUAUGGUGACAAUUGUGAUAAAGUUUGCAGAUGCCUGAACAACUCCUCCUGCGACCCCGACUCUGGCAACUGCAUCUGUUCACCCGGCUGGACGGGCGCCGACUGUGCCGAACCCUGUCCAAGUGGAUUCUAUGGGAUGGAGUGCAAGGAGCGUUGUCCAGAGAUACUUCAUGGAAACAAGAGCUGCGAUCACAUAACCGGCGAGAUCCUCUGCCGCACUGGCUACUUGGGACUGAUCUGCGAGCAUCCCUGUCCGGCGGGUCUUUACGGACCCGGCUGUAAGCUCAAGUGCGACUGUGACCAUGGCGGCGAGUGCAAUCAUGUGACCGGGCAGUGCCAGUGCCUGCCGGGCUGGACGGGAGCCAAUUGCAAGGAGCCCUGUCCCACGGACACCUACGGCCAGGGAUGUGCCCAGCAAUGUCGCUGUCUGCAUCACAAGGUUUGCCGCAAAAACGAUGGCAUGUGCAUUUGCGAAAAGGGCUGGACGGGCACCCGUUGCGACGAGGUGUGUCCGGAGGGCUUCUACGGCGAGCAUUGCAUGAAUCAUUGCGCCUGUCCCUCGGCCAAUUUCCAGUGCCAUGCGGCCCAUGGCUGCGUCUGCCGGAGUGGCUAUACGGGCGAGAAUUGCGACGAUCUCAUAGCCUCCCAGCGGGUAGCCGAUCAGGGAGAAGAUUCAAGCCGAGCCAGCGUGGCUUUGACCUUGGUCCUUAUGACCCUCUUUGCCUGCAUUAUAUUUGCUGUUUUCUUCUACUACCGCCGACGUGUGUCCAAUCUAAAGACAGAGAUUGCCCAUGUUCAUUACACGCACGAAACGAAUGCCACCGGCUGGCCGCCCAGCAAUCACAACUUUGAUAAUCCCGUGUAUGGAAUGCAGGCGGAGACACGCCUCCUGCCCAACAAUUUGCGCAAGAUGAAUAACUUUGAUCAGCGGAGCACCGUGAGCACGGACUACGGCGGCGAUGACUCCAAUGCCAGUGGAAGGGUAGGCAGCUAUUCUAUCAACUACAAUCAUGAUCUGCUAACCAAGAACCUAAACGCGGACUUGACCAAUCCAAUUGUUUACAACGAAUCGCUCAAGGAAGAGCAUGUCUACGAUGAGAUCAAGCACAAGGAGGGCUACAAGGAUCCUGUGAAAAUUUAUAGCAAGAUUUUGUUUCCCGAGGAUGAGUACGACCAUUUGGACUAUUCGCGUCCUAGCACCUCGCAGAAGCCGCACUAUCAUCGCAUGAACGAUGCCAUGCUUAACAUCAACCAUGACGAGGAGGAGAAGCCCAGCAACCUGAAGAAUAUGACGGUGCUGCUGACGAAGCCAGAGCCACCCGCAGAGCCGGAGCCGCAGCACGAGAGCUUCGACAAUACAAACACCAAUCUCGACAAUGUGUCGACGGCAUCGCCCAGUUCCAGUCCGGAGUUUCGCAAGUAAAGGAAACAGUCACCGGGACAGUCACUUUCUCCCCUGAAUAGAACUUAAGUUGCAAACGUCGAUAUAUAUUUAACGCAGACUUGUAGCUUAAUUUAUUUCGUAGCAUUUUUAGUUGUGUAUGUGAAUUCUGUGUAGCAUUUGUGUCCCCCAAUUUUAAACUUUGUAUUUGUACUUGUGUAUUUCGCUCAGUUAGGUCGAAAGUGUGUGUUCAGACAAUUGUAAAUUAUUAUUUUAUGGGUCCCCAAACUAAACUUUUGUAAAUGUCUACUUCAUUUCAAAAUUUUACUAACAAGUUAUGCUCAUUUGGAUAUUAUCAUCUACGCGAUUAACACCCUAAGUGAAACCAUAUUAAAUUAAGUAAUAGAGCUGGAAAUAAAAUCGAUUUUAUAAUCGAUUAGUAAAUUUUUGUUCAAAUAUUUACAAUUAUUUUUAAUUUUGGAAACGAUUUAAUCGAAAAAGUUCUAUGAUGUAAAUUCAAAUAUAAUUUUAAAUCUUUUCUUUUUCGAUUUUAAUCGAUUUUAAUUGAUUUUAGAAAAUAUCGAUCUACCAAAAAUCGAUUUAUUUGCAGCUCUAUUUAGUACCUACCUAUUAGACACACUCUUCCUGUUGAAAUUUGUGGAGAGUCUCCGAGAGAUGCUCGUCCGGAUCGAAGGUUGCAAUAAUUUUAGGAACGAACCUAUGCAUAUACAAAAAUGAUAUCAAUAUCGUAAGCAUAUAUAUAUAUAUUUUCAUAAACCACGUAUUUACGUAUUUGUGCAUAAGCAAUAACUUCAAACAGAGAACAAAUCAAGUGUACCAUAAAUUGUUAAUUAAAUUGCUUAUUACCUUUAAUAUGGAAACGAUUGGCCAAAAAUUGUAUAAAACUCAACCCCGAAUUGAUGGAUUUUAGAAGAAAUAUUAACGAUUAGCUCAAAUAUUGGAAUAUCACGAUUGUGUCAAGUUUUUUAAACGAGUGUAUUUAUGUUACUGCUCAUAAUAAAAUUAAAUUACAAAUA